AUGUCCUUAAAAGCCAAAGACAUUCCUUGGUAUUAUCGAGUGUACGAUGGUGUUAAGCUCAUCCUCAAUUGUGGGGAUUUUUCUAAUGUACCUCUUAUUGGUACAAAGGGAGGGAUCAACUACAACCCGAGGUUAGAAUUACGACAACUUGGAUAUCCUUUGGUGGACAAACUUGAUCUCGAAAGUGUAAAGGGUUUUAUUUUAUACGAAGAGGUCGAAGAGCCAGAGUUGAUCAAGAAGAUUGUCAAUGCUUGGGGGUCGAUUUGUCCUCAAGGAAGAGCAGAGAUGGGUAAGAAGAACUGUAUCGCCAAGGAAGCUUACGCCAGUUGGGUCAAUAGCAGAGUUAGUGAGGUCUUGUUUCUGUUCCCGCCUGAACCAUCCAUGAACCUCCAACCUCCUAAGCCAGAGAACCAGCCAAAUUCUGAAGUAGAUGAAUUGAAGAAGGUUAUCAAGACUCUAGAGAAAGAGAAUGCCGAUCUCAAAUCUAAGCUUGCUAAGAUCUCAUUGGAGAAAGAAACCUUGAAAUUCAAUCUGAAUCAGAAGAGAGACCGAGUUCGCCAAGCAGAUGAUGAGGUACAGACAGAGGUUUUCAAAAUACUAAAAGUGGGUGACACCCUCAAAGGGAGUUAUGCCAGCCUGACAACCAAAAAGAAGCAGUUAGCUGAAGCCCAAUACCGAGCCAGUAAAGCAGAACUAUAA